AUGCGUCCCGAAGUCGAGCAAGAGCUCGCUCAUACGCUCCUUGUUGAGCUUCUAGCAUAUCAAUUUGCCUCGCCGGUCAGGUGGAUUGAGACACAAGAUGUUAUCCUUGAAAAGAAUAGAACAGAAAGAAUUGUUGAAAUUGGUCCUGCAGACACUCUAGGCGGUAUGGCCAAGAGAACCCUUGCCUCCAAAUAUGAGACCUACGAUGCUGCUACCUCAUUAUCGCGACAGGUGCUAGCGUACAACAAGGAUUUGAAAGAGAUUUACUAUGAUGUUGAUCCGGUGGAGGAAGAGCCUGCUCCAGCAGCUGCUCAAGCUUCAUCGUCCGCUGCAGCAUCAUCGACACCUGCUCCUGCUGCUGCUCCCUCCGCCACAGCCGCAGCUCCUCCGCCAGCAGCCGGCGCUGGCCCUGCGGCUGCAGUGCCGGAUGCUCCAAUUGGAGCAGUCGACAUCUUGCGGGCGUUGGUGGCUCAGAAGUUGAAGAAGCCACUUGCAGAUAUCCCCCUCAGCAAGGCAAUCAAGGACUUGGUUGGUGGAAAAUCGACCCUCCAAAACGAAAUUCUAGGAGAUUUGGGCAAGGAGUUUGGCUCCACACCAGAGAAACCAGAAGACACCCCCUUGGACGAACUCGGUGCUUCAAUGCAAUCAACUUUCAACGGCCAGCUCGGCAAGCAGUCGCAGUCACUGAUUGCCCGCUUGGUUGCCUCCAAAAUGCCUGGUGGCUUUAAUAUUACGGCUGUCAGAAAACACCUCGAGACCAGCUUCGGACUCGGACCUGGUAGACAGGAUGGAGUUCUUCUGCUCGCUCUGACCAUGGAGCCAGCGUCACGUCUAGGUUCGGAAAGCGAUGCCAAGGCUUAUCUCAGCGAUGUUGCCCAGAAAUAUGCUGCAGCAGCUGGAAUCAGCCUUUCCUCCGCCUCAGCUGGUGGUGCCGCAGCCGGUGGUGCCGCCGCUGGCAUGAUGAUGGAUCCGGCUGCUAUCGAUGCUCUGACCAAGGAUCAACGAGCACUGUUCAAACAGCAACUCGAGCUGUUAGCCCGUUACCUCAAGAUGGAUCUACGUGCUGGUGAUAAAGCUUUCGUUGGCUCUCAAGAGGCCAACAAGGCCCUCCAAGCCCAGCUCGAUCUUUGGAACACCGAACAUGGCGAGUUCUAUGCUUCAGGAAUUGAACCUUCCUUCAGCCCUUUGAAAGCUCGUGUUUACGACUCUUCGUGGAACUGGGCCCGACAAGAUGCUCUCAGCAUGUACUAUGACAUCAUUUUCGGCCGUCUCAAGGCAGUGGACCGAGAAAUCGUCAGCCAGUGCAUUCGGAUCAUGAACCGAUCGAAUCCAACCCUGAUCGCCUAUAUGCAAUAUCACAUUGACAAUUGCCCCACUGAGCGAGGCGAGACUUAUAAACUGGCCAAGGAGCUGGGAGAGCAACUUAUUGAGAACUGCAAGGAUGUUCUCAAUGAAGCGCCGGUUUACAAAGAUGUCAUGGUCCCGACCGGUCCCCAGACCACGAUCGAUGCGCGAGGCAACCUCGACUACAAAGAAGUCCCCCGACAAAGUGCCCGCAAGCUUGAGCACUACGUGCGUGAGAUGGCCGAGGGUGGGAAGAUCUCUGAAUACAGCAAUCGGACUAAAGUGCAGAAUGACCUGCGCAACGUUUACAAGUUGAUUCGAAAACAGCACAAGCUAUCAAAAGCUUCCCAGUUGCAAUUCAACACCUUGUACAAGGAUGUUGUCCGUGCUUUGGCAAUGAACGAGUCACAAAUCAUGCCACAGGAGAAUGGUGAUGUCAAGAAACCUGGUCGCAACGGACUGCCACGAGCUACCAUGAACGGAAACGUUAAGCAAGGCAAGACGGAGACAAUUCCGUUCCUCCAUCUAAAGAAGAAAGAACAACAUGGUUGGGAGUACAGCAAGAAGUUGACGGGUAUCUACCUCGAAGGGCUUGAGAACGCGGCUAAGUCAGGCCUAACUUUCCAGGGCAAAAUGGCGCUGAUGACCGGUGCCGGUGCCGGCUCCAUUGGAGCGGAAGUUCUACAAGGUCUGAUCAGUGGUGGCGCCAAAGUCGUUGUCACGACCAGCCGCUACUCACGUGAGGUCACCGAGUACUACCAGUCAAUGUAUGCUCGGUUCGGUGGCCGUGGCUCUCAGCUUGUCGUAGUGCCAUUUAAUCAAGGAAGCAAACAGGACGUGGAAGCCCUGGUUGACUACAUCUACGACACUAAAAAGGGUCUUGGUUGGGAUCUGGACUUCAUUGUGCCCUUCGCCGCUAUACCUGAGAACGGCCGCGAAAUCGACAGCAUCGACUCCAAGUCUGAGCUUGCUCAUCGUAUCAUGUUGACUAACCUGAUUCGUCUGCUUGGAUAUGUCAAGUCGAAGAAAUUUGAGAACGGGUUCAACACUCGACCGGCCCAAGUCAUGCUUCCUCUCUCGCCGAACCACGGUACCUUUGGCAAUGAUGGUCUUUACUCCGAGUCCAAGCUUGCGCUGGAGACUCUCUUCAACCGUUGGUCUUCCGAGAGCUGGGGUGACUACCUCACAAUUUGCGGCGCCGUCAUUGGGUGGACUCGUGGAACCGGGUUGAUGAGUGGCAACAACAUUGUGGCUGACGGCGUCGAGAAAUACGGCGUCCGAACCUUCUCCCAACAGGAGAUGGCAUUCAACCUACUUGGUCUGAUGUCCCCUGCGAUUAUCGACCUAUGUCAACAAGAACCCGUCUUCGCCGACUUGAACGGAGGUCUUCAGUUCUUGCCAGAUCUCAAGGACCUCAUGACGAAGCUUCGAGCAGAAAUCAUGGAGACAAGCGCCAUCCGACAAGCAGUUACCAAGGAGACCGCCCUGGAGAACAAGGUUGUUAAUGGUGAGGACAGCGAGGCUCUUUACAAGAAGGUUACCAUCGAGCCCAGAGCCAACCUGAAGUUUGACUUCCCCGAGCUGCCUGACUGGCAGAAAGAAGUCGAGCCACUUAAUGCCAAGCUCAAGGGCAUGGUUGACCUCGACAAGGUGGUUGUCGUCACUGGCUUCUCCGAGAUUGGGCCUUGGGGCAACUCUCGUACCCGGUGGGAGAUGGAAGCCUACGGUGAGUUCUCCUUGGAGGGCUGCGUUGAGAUGGCCUGGAUGAUGGGUUUGAUCAAGAACCAUAACGGACCACUUAAGGGCAAAUCAUACUCUGGCUGGGUUGAUGCAAAGACCGGCGAACCUGUCGACGACAAGGAUGUCAAAGCAAAAUACGAAAAACACAUCCUCGAACACUCUGGUAUUCGUCUUAUUGAGCCCGAGUUGUUCAAUGGCUAUGACCCAAAGAAGAAGCAGUUGCUCCAGGAAAUCCAGAUAGAAGAAGAUCUCGACCAAUUCGAGUCCUCCAAGGAGACUGCUGAGGAGUUCAAGCGACAGCAUGGCGAUAAGGUUGAGGUUUUCGAACUCGAAUCUGGAGAGUACAGUGUCCGCUUGAAGAAGGGGGCGACUCUUUUGAUUCCCAAAGCCCUUCGAUUUGAUCGUCUUGUUGCUGGUCAAAUCCCCACGGGCUGGAACGCGAAGACCUAUGGUGUUCCAGACGACAUCAUCUCCCAAGUUGACCAGGUCACGCUGUUUGUCCUUGUCUGCACUGCUGAAGCUCUCCUAUCAGCUGGUGUUACAGAUCCGUAUGAAUUCUACAAGUACGUGCAUCUGUCUGAGGUGGGUAACUGCGUCGGGUCCGGUAUCGGUGGCACCACUGCACUUCGGGGCAUGUACAAGGAUCGCUUCAUGGAUAAACCCGUUCAGAAGGACAUUCUCCAAGAAUCUUUCAUCAACACCAUGGCCGCAUGGGUCAAUAUGUUACUCUUGUCAUCGACCGGUCCGAUCAAGACCCCUGUGGGUGCAUGUGCUACUGCUGUCGAGUCAGUCGAUAUUGGUUACGAGACCAUUGUCGAAGGAAAGGCCCGCGUUUGCUUUGUCGGCGGUUUUGAUGAUUUCCAAGAAGAGGGUUCCUACGAGUUCGCGAACAUGAAAGCCACCAGCAACGCUGAAGACGAAUUUGCGCAUGGUCGGACGCCCAAGGAGAUGUCUCGUCCUACUACCACUACUCGAAAUGGAUUCAUGGAAUCUCAAGGCUGUGGCAUGCAAAUUAUCAUGUCGGCUCGUCUUGCUCUGGACAUGGGAACACCCAUCUAUGGUAUCCUCGGCCUCGUCUCUACUGCCACAGACAAGAUCGGUCGCUCCGUGCCCGCCCCUGGUCAAGGUGUCUUGACCACGGCUCGUGAAAACCCCGGCAAAUUCCCCUCGCCUCUGCUUGACAUCAACUACCGUCGGCGACAGCUCGAACUCAGGCGCCGUGCCAUCAAGAACUGGCAAGAGUCUGAACUUCUGUACCUCCACGAGGAGGUUGCAGCGAUGAAGGCCCAGGCCGGCUUCGGUUUCAAUGAGGCCGAAUACAUGCAAGAACGUGCCGAGCACAUUGAACGUGAAGCAAUUCGUCAAGAAAAGGAAGCACAGUUCAGCUUGGGCAACAAUUUCUGGAAGCAAGAUCCCACCAUCGCCCCCCUUCGUGGAGCCCUGGCUACUUGGGGUCUCACCAUUGAUGACCUUGAUGUUGCUUCCUUCCACGGAACCUCGACCGUUGCGAACGACAAGAACGAAUCCGAGGUUCUCUGCAAACAAAUGGCACAUCUCGGCCGCAAGAAGGGCAAUGCCAUGCUUGGUAUCUUCCAGAAGUACCUAACCGGUCAUCCCAAGGGUGCAGCUGGUGCCUGGAUGUUCAAUGGUUGCUUGCAAGUUCUCAACAGCGGCCUCGUUCCCGGGAACCGGAAUGCCGACAAUGUUGACCAGGUGAUGGAGAAAUUCGACUACAUUGUUUACCCCAGCCGAUCACUGCAGACAGAUGGCAUCAAAGCAUUCUCCGUCACAUCCUUCGGUUUCGGUCAAAAGGGCGCCCAAGCAAUCGGCAUCCACCCCAAAUACCUCUAUGCCGCCUUGGACGAAGCGGAGUUCCAGCGCUACAAGGUUAAGGUCGAGGCAAGGCAGAAGAAGGCCUACAGGUACCUCCACAAUGGUAUGAUCAACAACACUGUAUUCGUGGCCAAGACCAAGGCACCAUAUCCGGACGAGAUCAUGCAGAAGGUCUUCCUCAAUCCCGAGCAGCGCGUAGUUGCCGACAAGAAAUCGGGAGAGCUCAUCUACCACCCUACCCAGCCCAAGAAGACACCAAGCCCUAAUGCCCUGGAGACAAAGGCCAUGCUUGAAUCGCUGACGCAAGCCAAUGCCACAGAAGGAUCCAAGAUUGGCGUUGAUGUCGAGGACAUUCGAGCCAUCAACAUCGACAACGAGACUUUUGUGAAGAGAAACUUCACCGAACAGGAGCGAGCUUACUGCAACAAGGCACCGUCUCCUCAGGCUUCGUAUGCAGGACGAUGGAGCGCGAAAGAAGCAGUAUUCAAGUCACUGGGUGUGCAGAGCAAGGGUGCCGGAGCCCCUCUGUCGGACAUUGAGAUCCUGGUCGAUGAGAAGGGAGCACCCAAAGUCGCCCUCCACGGCGCGGCGCUCGAGGCCGCGAAGCAAGUGGGUGUCAAAACGGUGAAUGUCAGCAUUAGCCACAGUGAUAGCCAGGCGAUUGCCGUCGCCGUGUCGGCGUUUUGA